UACAGUAGCCAUAAUGACUUUGUCGUCUGGAACAAAGUGUUCUUGUUUGUAGUUUGGUAUCACACCUCACGCGAUAGGGAUGUCUCUGUUUCCGUCAGCUACAUCGACGGAGAAACCAGAUGAGCGUAAAAGCAAUGGCACUGAAUGGCUGGUGAAUGCCAGCUUCCGCCCUGUGCUGGAGACACGUGGCAUCGUGCCCGUUCGCAAGGAGACUGCGAGCCAGAAACGGAAACUGGAAGAGCGAGAUGAUGAACACGAUGUAGAUGAAUGCUAUGCUGAGGAUACUGCAGAAUCUCAUAGACACCACCACAAAAAGAAGCGCAAGAAAGAGAAGAGCGGCUAUAGAGAGGAGAAGCAUGACCGUCACUAUGAUGUUGAUUCACAAAAGCAUAGAGAUCAUGACAAGAGCCGUGCUCGGAGGAAGCUCAUUUGGCUCGAUGAUGUUGCUGCGGCUGGCUCAUCAGCGACGUUUGUUGAGGACUUUACUGGUGAUCGUAACAGGACAAGCUACUCGUCUGACCAUACUGGCGGUGCUCUGUACAAACGUCGCUUCCGGAACAUUUGCUUAGGUCUGCGCGAGAACCUAGAGCUGCGCUAUGCUGACUACCGUCGCUCCAAAGACAAGGAGGGCCGCAAAGAUCACAAGAGCAAAGUACAGAGCGCCCGCUACUUCAGCAAGGCGGCAGCUCAACGCCUGUCUGCAGUAGGUGAUGCUGUGCAAGUGUGUCCCUCGGCACAAGUGGAUAGCUCCGAUCAGUUCCUGUUGCUUUGUACCGAGAGCAACAUGAACGCUGUGCCCGAGGAAAACACAGUUCUAAGUGGCCAUGCCAAGUACCAUUCUUUGCUCGCCAAAGAGCCACACAAUGUGCAGCUCUGGCUGAAAUUUGUGGAUGAUGAAGGCUCCCAUGAAAUGACAGUUGGUGACACAUUGGCCAGCUCCAAGGCCACCGCUGUAGCAAUCCAGGAACGAAAAAUGGCCAUUCUGGAGCAAGCCCUGACAAAGAAUCCAGCGUCGAUUGACCUUCUACUCAAGCAGAUUGAGGUUGGUGAGAGCCUUUGGGAUGAGGCGAAGCUAGCUCAGCGCUGGAAAGUACUGCUCCACACCCAUGCCGCAAGCCACCGCGUUUGGUCGCAAUACUUGCACUUCAUCCGACGCGAGGCCAGCAGGUGCGCAUUUCGCUCUGUGUCAGCCGCGUUUGGUCAGUGCUUUGACACGCUCUCGGCAAUUUGCAGUGGAGUGCUGAAAUCUCACCAGCCCGAACCGAACUCUGAGGAUUUUCUACUUGACGUUCUCACAUCCUACUGCUCAUUCCUGCAACAAGCUGGCUACUGUGAGCGAGCAGUUGCUCUUUACCAGGCAAUGAUCGAAUUCAACAUGUUCUGUCCUGAUCAGCUGCUGGACAAGCCUCGUGGCGCAUGCCUGGCGUUCUUUGAUGCAUUCUGGGAUAGCAACGUGGCUCGGAUAGGUCGUCCUGGUUCGCCCGGGUGGAAACAUUGGCAAUCGACGGUAGCUGGUGGAACUGUGUCGAGAGCAACAUCACUGGACCUCCCCACUGUCGGCAGCGUAGGAGAUGCUGUGCCUGAUCUAGAUGCCGAGGAGGCACUUGAAGAGGCAUUGAUAAAGCCACAGCAUAGCAGUGCACGUCACAGUGCGUGGGUAGAAUGCGAGCAAUCACGCGAGUCACGGCACUGGUGCCCAUGGACAGCAGAUGAGGACUGCGAUGAUCCAGAUCGCUGCGUUCUCGUGGAUGACGUCCGGUCGAUCUUGUUCCGCUUGUCAUCACCAGAGCACCACCUUCGUCUCGUGCUGGAUUUUCUUUCGUUCCUUGGUGUUGAGACACCUAUUGAUAUACAGCACUCGGCACUGAAGAAAACCUGUUCACAGUUUGAUUGCAGCUCAGCAUUGCACCAGCUAACACCACUGCUAAGUGGCAUCUACGGUAGCAUGCAAGUCCAGACCUGGUGCAGUGCCAGGCAAGGUGUUGCCUGUUUUGCUGGCCAGCCCGUGGAUGCGGUGAAGACUGCUUGGCUAUCCUGUGGCCAAGUGCAGCACUUUGUUGACUGCAUAUUUCGCCAGGCCGCCCCCUGCUUCUCCGGGUGCUUACAAACACUGUUGCUUCAGGUUUGGAUGCACCAUCAAACGCAGCGAUGCUCACUCAGUCUUACCUAUUGCCAGAGAGAAACGUGGUUGCAGGAAAAGUCUCCACUAAAACGGACAAGCAAGGAGGUCCGUGCUUGGGCUAAGGUGCUGCUAAAACGGCCAGAGAAUCGUGCGAAUGUUGCCCUGUGGGAAUUAUACGGACGGUUUGAACUGGCGUUGGGCAUGCAUGAUGAUGCGUGCUUAGUGUUUGGCAAAGUUCUCACGUUGGCAUCUGCCAUGGCUAGUGACUCUGCUAGCCUAGCCACAUCACCUCCAGCUCUCAUCAAAUUGUAUAGUACUUACGUACAGGCUUUGCUGACUCUGAUUGGUGCUGAUAAAGCUGAGCCGAAUUGUGAUCUGGCUCUCAGUGUCCUGGCUUCAUGUGUCAGUGGCAAGCCGUUUCGAUCUGACCAGUUGGCAAGCCCUCCGCCAUCAACCCAACUGUUGCGGUCUCGACAUGCCUUCGAGUCACUUGCUGGUGAGCUUCAAGCGCCUGCAGCGGGAGAUCCAGUCACAGAUUAUGCUGGUCGUGUUGCACACAUAGCCUGUCUGCAUUGCCUGUUCUUGUACUGCAGCAAUGACGACAUGUCAGCCGUACAGGAAACUGCUUUCGACUAUGCUGCAAAGUUGCGACGUCGAGACGAAGUUGCGUGCUCUUGGGCCGCUGAAGCUGUCCUGUCAUUGCUGAUUCGGCUCUAUCACGUUCAGUUCUGCAAGAAAUCACUGCCGCUAAGGAUGUGCACAGGUGUGAUCGAAAGAGCUCUCCAGCUGUUCCCGCAUAACUGUGAAUGGCUAGCCAUAUACUCUCGCCUGCUGUCACCGGUGCAUCUGAUGUUCCAGUGCCGGCGCUUCGUUGAUCAAUGCUGUCUCAGACCAAGCUCUCCGAGUCUUGUGUGGGCAGCCUCUGUUCUUCUGGAGCUGGAGAGGUUUCAAGCAUAUUCUUCUGGAAGCCAGUGUGAGCAGCCAGCCAUGCCAGCCAGUGCUCUGAACCGUGUCAGGAACAUACUGGAACGAGCGCUGCAGCAGCCGCAGUGUAGCCAGUCCGUGCUGCUCUGGCGGCUAUUCCUAUAUGUCGAGGGUACGUUUGGCAGCUCAGAGCGUGCUGUUGGUGUUCUCUACCGUGCCAUUCACCACUGUCCAGUUGCAAAGGUGCUCUUUAUGGACGGUGCCCGUGUUGUUGCAGACAAGCUCGAAGAACUUACCGACAUCCUCAACGAGAAAGAAGUGCGCGUGCGUAUGCCUCUAGAGGAGCUAGACCUCAUCAUAGAGACAUUGGCUUCCGCGGAGACCGGUGGCGAAUCACGGUAGAUUUUGUCCGUACCAUCAUGGCUCAGUGGACCGUGUCUUGUGCUGUUGACCACAUGCUGCAUGUGCGGUUGUUAUGGACGGUUCUCUCAUGUCCACAGUCGCCUCACUUAGUUUGAUGUUGAUCUUUCAGAAAGUUUGCAUACGGCACCUUGAUCGUUUUAUGAGAAAGAGAACUUUUUAAUCCAUAUUUAUUUUGCAACUGUCCUAUUUCCAUCUCCAUGCAACAGUUUCAUCUAUCAUGCCACCUAUAGUUUGUGUGUUCGUCCUGCAUAGUUCGAGAAAUUGUAAUGUU